AUGGCGGACGAUAGGGUUGCCACUCUCAUCGGUUCGACAAUAGGCAUGAUCUGCCUUACCACUCUGGUUAUAUCAGUACGAAUAAUGGUCCGCUCAAAUUUACGAGCAUACGGACUCGACGAUAGGUUUGGAAAACAUCACCAGGACAUAAGCAUUGCUGCUUACGAGCAAUUUCUUAAAGUCAGUUAUCUCGAGGACUUUGAAAACAGGCGGACUGACGACAUCGCAACAAAGCUUACCAUUGUAACGUCUGCAACUUACAGUUAUGGAUUGGCGCUCGCCAAAAUGUCUUUUGCGGUCUUAUACAUCCGCAUGCUUCCAGGUCGGCGGCUGAUAAUGAUGAAUAAAGGCAUCAUUGCGUUUCUUUGCUGUCAGGCAAUUGAAGAAAGCCUGAUUCCUGUAUUUCAGUGUAAGCCGGUUGCGAAGGCCUGGACGGUUGAAAAGGAAGGAGUAUGCCUUGAUCUUCCCGUACUUUGGUGGUGCGGUUUUGCCUUCAACCUUUGCUCAGACCUUAUUCUUUUCAUAGAGCCUAUACCUACUCUAUGGAGGUUACAGCUGCCGUUAGUCAAGAGACUCGGCCUUAUUGCUAUGUUGUCACUCGGCUUGAUGGUGGUUGCUAUUUCUGUAAUCCGAAUGCACUCUGUUUCUCAAAUGGGUCAUGAUGACACCUAUGACCUUGCGAUCCCCAUAAUAUGGUCUGAAGCUGAAAUCAGCACCUUGAUCGUAUGCUCGUGCGUACCAUCGCUGCGCAAAAUGCUGCAGAAACUUUCGUGGUUUCAUCAAGUCCCUGGAUUAUCAAACCCAGACAUGCCACAUGAACCGAUCGAAACAAUCGGACAAGCAAGAACAAAGCCGCUUUUUCGGGGAAAAGGAGGUCAAAAGGCUGGGUGCACAGAUGAGUCGGAUUUGACGGGAACAACGACUUAUCCACUUACCGUGAUGAGCCAUCCUCCUUUGAUAUCAGACGAUGUCAUUAAAGGUGCACAGGAAAGCAUAUGCGACGCUUCCAGAGAGCAUACUGUGACCUACAGUGGACAUGAGCUUACUUAUUGA